UACGAGGUCUUCCCAUUUUGUUUUCCAAAUAGUGCUUAUCUUUGAUGUAUUAACAACCAACUGCUCGUACAUGGCGAUAUAUAAAAAUGUAAGGGUAUGCGCUUUAAACAUGCGUGUAGUAUAAAAUAAGCGAGGCACUCAAAUCAAAGGUACACAGGAAAAUCAACGUUCAUGAUCCUUCUAGUCAGAGCUGACAUUACUCGUGAAACGUUCAGAAUUUCACCAAUCAAAUCUCUCUUAAGGUCAUUGAGGUUGGGAAGAGAAGGUCUUUAGCAUAAUUUUCAUAAAUAUGGCACAUCUGGACGGGUUUCUACAUCGUCACGUUACCAAAGUGGCAUUGUUCCUGUACACAUUUGGCAUCGUGAUGCAAUGGCCCGUCACGCAGAACCUCAUCCUCGACAAAUCCUGUCAGGGUCUGCAUGGUCGUGAAGUGUGCGACUCCCUCACCACUCAUCCAGAGAUCGAAGAGGAGAUUCAGGAUGCAGCGGCCUUCUGGGUGAUGACCAUGCCUAGCAUCACGGGGACCAUCAUGGCCUUCAGCUCCCUGUUCCUGGGGUCGGUGAGUGAUCGCCUCGGCAGGGGGACCGUGCUGAUGCUGACCUGCCUCGGUGGGAUUGCAAUGUCGCUCUGCCUCAUCCUGCAGACAACAUUGACCGGCCUGAGGCCCACUUUGCUCCUCGUCAGCUCUGCGGCCAUGGGACUGAGUGGGGGCAUGGGGACAUUUCUGGUUACUCUAUUCAAUUACAUCACCGACAGCACCCCGGCGAACGAACGCACCAGUCAACUCAGUGUCGUACAGCCGUUCGCCGGUCUUGGCACCAUUUUUGGCAUGUUGUUGUCGGGCGUGGUUUCCAAGCAUCUCGGCUUCGGAGUGGUAUAUGUAAUUUUCCUUGGCACCCAGGUCACAGUGCUGGUUCUGGCGGCAACGUGUAUGCAGGACUCAGCGGGAGUCCCGCCCGAGGAUCCCGCGGCACCUUCUUCUAGGCUGGGGUUGAUUGCUGGAAUGAUGAGGAGCCUCACUGCAGGUGUAAAGACAUGUCUGAAGCCCAGGCCCGCUACCAAGAGGAAACACAUCCUCUUCCUGGUCCUCUUUGGGGUCAUUUCCAUGAUUGGCGUAGGAGCCGACAUGGGCUUGACAGUUAUGUACACCAGGCGGGCGCCGUUCCAUUGGGAGCAGACGGUGUUCGGCUACUUCACCGCUGCCAAGAACAUCGGUCAGAUCCUUGGUAUGGCCCUUGGCACUAAGAUUCUAUUGAAGCUGGUCGGGACCGGAGGCUCGUCGCGUGAUGACCUGACACUGAUGCAGAUUGGCUACCUUGCUCUCACCGUGGGAUCGCUGGUGAUGUCGGCCGCAACCAGUUCAUAUCAUUUGAUUCUGGUUCCAAUGAUGAACUCCUUGUCGGGACCUGCACAAGCCGCCAGUGGGUCUCUUUCUUCCAAACUUGUCCACCCAACAGAGAAGGGAGCCUUUUCAUCAUUUUCGUCCUUCCUGAAUAACCUGGCCAUGCCAGCCGGCACAGUCAUCUUCACCACGGUGUAUUCUUGGACGUCUGCGUCCACUCCCGGGUUAGCCUUCCUCAUACAAGCCGUCAUGUACACAAUACCUAUGGUCCUUAUCGCCUUUAUGAAAGUGGAUAUGUCCAAAACAGCAAAAGACGAUGCCUAGGUCUAUAAAGGGAAGAGUUUCAUCCUGAACUGGCAACAAACACA